AUGUAUGAGGAUACAGUAGGCUGCAACUUUGACCAAAACUCCAUGCCAGAAUCAGCAGAAAGUGUCCUCAACCUCAACCCUCUUCCCCUACCACCUCCACCACAAGUUCUCAUGCCUUCUCCCUCAGAAACCCACAACAACAACAGCAGCAGCUUUGCUGUUGCAGAAAACUUGAGACUCUCCAUGGAAGAGCUCUCCUACCCUCAUCAACAAGAUCAUCAUGCUGCCAUGGAAAUUGAGCUCCAAAAUGAACUUGGGUUCAAUCCAUACAGCACCAAUACUGACCAGAACAACAACAGCAGCCAUUUGGUUUCCUUUGAGCAACAAAACAAUUGGGACAAUAUUCAUGGUGUCCAUGAUCAGAUGCAGCAACAAUUGCAAGAUGGUGCUAAUGGUGCAUACCCACCUACACCUGACCUUCUCAACCUUUUCAGCUUACCUAGAUGCUCACCCUCCUCUGUUCUCCAAAACUCGUCCAUUACCUUCACAAACCCCAACCCGAAAAGCUCGAAUUUUCCGAACACUUUGGGGUUCCUCGGAGAUGUCCAUGGUGGGAUUGACACCCCGCCAGGGACAGCGAGUUCGGUUCUCUAUGACCCACUUUUCCAUUUGAACCUGCCUCCACAGCCACCAUUGUUCAGGGAAUUGCUUCAGUCCUUGCCACAUGGAUACAGCUUGCCAGGCUCAAGAAAUGGGUCAUUGUUUACUAGUGGUGGGGAAGAGGGAGAGGGGAUUGGAGGAGGGGUUUACUCAGAUGGGAUUAAUAAUGGGAGGCAAUUUGAGAAUGGGGUGUUGGAGUUCUCCAGAGAAAUGGGUUCUAUUGGAAGAGGAAGAGACGUCAAAGGGACCAAACACUUUGCCACUGAGAAGCACAGGAGAGUCCAGUUGAAUGGCAAGUACACUGCCUUGAAGGAUUUGCUUCCACACCCAACGAAGAGUGAUAGAGCAUCAAUUGUGGGAGAGGCAAUUGAUUACAUAAAGGAGCUUCUGAGGACGGUGGAAGAGCUGAAAUUGCUGGUGGAGAAGAAAAGGUGUGGGAGAGAGAGGAGCAAGAGGCGCAGGACUGAACAAGAUGGUGGUGCUGGAGAUGAUGAGAGCUGCAACAUGAAGCCUCUUGGUGACCCUCAUGACCAGUAUGGCUCUCUGAGGAGCUCAUGGCUUCAGAGGAAAUCCAAGGACACUGAGGUCGAUAUCCGCAUUAUCGAUGAUGAAGUUACCAUCAAACUGGUUCAGAGGAAGAAGAUCAAUCUGUUGCUGUAUGUGUCCAGGCUUCUUGAUGAGCUGCAGCUUGAUCUGCAUCAUGUUGCUGGUGGACACAUUGGCAAUUCCUACAGCUUCUUGUUCAACACCAAGAUGUAUGAAGGGUCAUCUUUGUAUGCAAGCGCUAUAGCCCAAAAGCUCAUUGAGGUUCUGGACAAACAAUAUGCAGCAGUUCUACCUACCAACAGUUUUUAG